GUCCACCACCGUCGGCAUCAUUCCUUCGCACGAGUUCUACUGUUCGCCCAACGAAAAGCGAAGGAUCCAACAGCGACCGAGUCGUCGUAGCGUGCAAAGCACCCCCGGCGAGCACGACAUCACUUUCGCUCGCUUUUUUUCUUGCUGGCUGGCUGGCUGGCCUUGUUUGGCGCUACUUCUUUUGGAGUCUGCGCAGGGCCCACCCUACGCACUGUGGCCAAUAUGGCGCCUCUCUCUUCGACCAACCCAUCAACGACACCUGCAGAGCCCAUCCUCUACUCGUUCAAGACGCCGGAUGACCUGAGCAAAGGGUUGGCAGAAUUUGUCAUCAAGGCGCAAGAUGAUGCCAUCACUCGCAGGAACAAGUUCACACUUGCUACCUCAGGGGGGAGUCUGCCCAAGAUGCUCUCCAAAUACCUCGUAAACCGUGAUGACAAUCGGCUUCGAUGGGACAAGUGGGAGAUCUUUUUCUGCGAUGAGCGCCUGGUUCCUCUUGACCACGAGGACUCCAAUUACUACCUCUGUGAUAGGGAAUUUUUCAGCAAAGUCCCCGAGCUGAAGCGCUCGCAGAUCCACACGAUCGACGAAAAGCUCUUGGACGACGCAGAGGAGCUGGCAGAUGCAUACGAGAAGGACCUGGUAGCAGCGUUCGCAGGCAAGGAGGCUGUGAGAAGGCCCGUCUUCGAUCUCAUCCUCCUCGGCAUGGGACCCGACGGCCACACCUGCUCUCUCUUCCCCGGGCAUGAGCUGCUCGCCGAGCAGCAUCGCUGGGUGGCACCCAUCAAGGACAGCCCCAAGCCACCAUCAAAUAGAAUUACCUUCACCUAUCCUGUUCUCAACCACGCCCACCGCGCCGCGUUCGUCCUCGCUGGAGAGGGCAAGCAGGAUCUCCUCGCGCGCACCCUCGACCAUCCGGAAGAGGGUCUGCCAGCUUCGCGCGUUAGACCAGCGCCACCGGGCGACAUUUACUACUUUACCGACGAUGCCGCCAGCGCAAAAGCACAGUAUCCCAAGUCCGAGUUCAAGCUCUGAGCAAGAAGAGACAGAUAAAAUGAUGCAAACAAUGACGAUCGAACGAGUGCAUGGAUUUCUUUGAUCACCCGACUAGCGACUGUAACGCAUCCUCCAUCAGACCAUAUGAGCAAUGUCGGCGUGGGUGCCUCCAGCUCUGUUCACGCUCGCAUUUGAA